AUGAUUGGUUUCAGGGUGACUUUCACGAGUUUCCUGAAAAAAACUGGCUGGAGCUGCAGCUACAGAAGCAUGGGCUACAUCAAGACAAAGGGGAUGGGAAAGGCAGGCCUUAGCCCUUUAGAUCCAAGCUCGUUUUCACGACCUGAGCUGGUCAAAGUGACGAAUAUUGCACUCAAUUUAAAUGUGAACUUUGACAGGAAAGUUCUCUCAGGCAGCACUCAGCUUACGGUGGAAAGAGUCGAUAAGUCCGCUAAUGAAAUCAUUCUCGACACUUUAAAACUCCAUAUCGCAUCAAUCUACGACGCGGAUACCAAAGAAAAACUGAGCUUUGAAUUAGCUGAGCCGGUGGCUGAAUAUGGCUCCAAACUAACAGUUCAAUUGCCUGAAGUUGUAAAGGACAGUUACAAGAUUGGCAUUGAAUAUGAAACAAGUCCCGAUGCAACAGGCCUUCAAUGGCUUUCUCCGAAAGCAACGGCGGGGAAAAAACAUCCUUAUCUAUUCAGUCAAUUUCAACCUACACAUGCCCGCUCCGUUUUACCCUGUCAAGACACUCCAGGAGUCAAAACCCCAUACAACGCAACAAUUUCCGCUCCUCAGGAAUUCACGGUUCUGAUGUCAGCCAUUAGGGACGGUAGCAAAGAGCUACACGGCGGCAAAUUGUCUCAUUUCGUCCAGAAAGUGCCGAUGCCUUCAUACCUUAUUGCACUUGCCGUGGGUGUUUUGGAGUCCAGACAACUGGGCCCCAGAUCGCACGUCUGGUGUGAGAAGGAAAUAAUCGAAGAAUGUGCUUACGAAUUCGCCAAUACCGAACACCAGCUGAAGACUGCUGAAGAGCUUUGCGGGCCAUACGUUUGGGGGAUUUAUGACUUGCUAGUCUUACCGCCGAGCUUUCCUUAUGGCGGCAUGGAAAAUCCUUGCCUGACUUUUGUGACUCCUACUCUCCUAGCAGGCGAUAGAAGUCUGGCUAACGUGAUAGCGCACGAAAUCGCUCAUAGUUGGACGGGAAACUUGGUGACCAAUCGCAACUUCGAGCACUUUUGGCUGAACGAGGGGUUCACCGUGUUCAUUGAAAGGAAAAUCAAAGGAAAACUUGAAUCGCCACAAAGUCAAGACUUUGAUGCCUUCACGCAUGUUAGCGUGUUAAAUGAAACAAUUAAUUUGAUGGGGAAAACGAAUCCUUUGACUCAGCUGGUUAUUAACCUUGAUGGGGUACAUCCAGAUGAUGCAUUUUCUACAGUUCCCUAUGAGAAAGGGCAAACAUUCCUUAGGUAUUUAGAAACUACAGUCGGAGGACCAACUGAAAUGGAGCCAUUUCUUCGAUCGUACUUCGAUAAAUACAAAUAUCAGUCCAUAGAUACCGACGUGUUCAAGUCCUACUUUGAAAGUUAUUUCAGCGAAAAACCUGCCAUAUCAGAAAUAGACUGGCAGAGUUGGUUGAGUAAGCCCGGCAUGCCGCCAGUGAUUCCCGAUUAUGAUAAAUCCCUCGCUGUAAUUUGCAAUGAACUGGCUGAUAAGUUCACCAGUUGGGAUGGAGAAGGCCCUUUGCCCAUAACUCCAGAAGACAAAAACAAACUGUCUACUUUCCAGGUCAUUUAUCUGAUUCAGUCCAUCUUCGAGAAACCGGCCGAGCCAAUCGGAAAACUGCAAGCUUUGAAUAACGUUUUCGAUUUUGACAAUGUGAAAAAUGCGGAAAUUAAAUUCAUUUGGCUAAGGAUCGGCCUAAAGGCCCACUGGGAAGAGAAAGUCGAUCCUGUGCUGAAAUGGAUCAAUGUUAUCGGGCGCAUGAAGUUCGUCAGGCCAUUGUAUAGGGACUUGUAUAACUGGGAAGCGAUGAGAUCAAAAGCCAUUGAAAACUUUAAAGCCAACAGGCAGAAUAUGAUGCAUGUGUCGGCCUAUACUUUGGCCAAAGAUUUGCAUAUUAACGAGUAGGAUUUGCGAUUUAGGACUGUUGACGAUUCAUUUGCAAUGAAAUGAUUUUGUACCAGUUUGUUUCAUUUUACACUUGACCAAAAGUAUUAAGUUGUUUAUUGAAUACACCCGUGAAUUGUCAAUAUGUAAUUUUGGAAAAUUCUGGUCCAAGCAUUAGGUUUAUUUACAUUCUAUAACAUUAUUAAACGGAACAUUGUU